AUGUCCAAUGAAAGGAUAGUAUUUGAGCCUGCAGACCUGGCAGGUUGUGCGACAUGGCAGCUAAUCUCACCUGAAGUAUUCGUACUGUGCCUUGGUGCAUUCAUUGCCGUGUUCGUUUAUUGGAGUCGUCGUCCGAAGCUUAAUGAGCCUCCUUUAGUACCUUACAAGUAUCCGUUAAUAGGCCAUACUCUUGAGUACCUGCGAGACUCCGAAGGCCUUCUGAAAAGAUGUCACGAGCAGUAUGGAGACAUGUUUUCAUUGUACUUAUUUCGUGAAGUGUAUACUAUCGCGAGCAAUGACUUAGCAUACGAGAUGUUUAGAUCAACUAAUUUCAGCUUCAAGGAGGGGCUUGAGCGGAUGUUCCCGCUUGGUGACAUUAUCGGAUCAAAAGCAUACCCUGGAAAUGCAGCCGUGUUACUCAAGGAUAGGUUUUACAAGCAUGUUGACGAUUGUUAUUCGCGUAUCUAUCGUGAAUUACAACAUAAUAUCGAUCAGUUAAUUGGUGACUGCGAGGAACCCAAGUUGAUUAACAACUUUGACGAAAUUUCAAUGACCAUUAUCGCACGGGCAAUGGCAAAUCUCUUCGUUGGCGAAGAACUGUGCAAGGAUGACGAGAUCGUAAAAGUGUUUGCGACGUUUGCUACUACUCUAAUACGAGUCAGAAAACUUUCUUCAAUCGCGUAUCUCAUUCAUCCUCGUCUCCAAACGGAAUACAUCAAAUUAGUCUUUAAAUAUGGAGACAAUUCACCGCAAAAGCAUAAGGACCUUUUGACAAAGAAGUUAAAGCCUAUUUUCGAGAAACGUUAUCAGGACAUGCAACAGUUUGGAAAUGAAUGGAAGCGUCCCGAUGAUCUAAUUCAACUCCUCUUGGAAUAUUCCAUUGACAUGUUUGGUAAAAUUCACUACGACUGUAUAGCAUGUCGUAUGCUAACGCUUAUAUGGGCUUCGAUCCAUACUACUAGCGCAAAUCUUUUAAACACGCUCAAUGAUUAUGCGGGAAGGUCUGAGUACUGGAAUGAUCUGAGAAAAGAACAAGAGGUCAUAACAGACGGUCUUGAUUUCGACUUGACUAUGGACCGAAUGGAGAAAUUGGAUAGUUUUGUCAAAGAAUCUAAUCGUCUGAUGGGGCAUAUCUUAAUGCUCCCUCAUUGUGCAACGUGUCCGUCUUUUACGUUCAGUAACGGGUAUCAAGUUCCCAAAGGUCGCCUGGUAUUGAUGAACAACCUCACCUACAUGUCCAAUUCUUCUCUGCACGGUGAUAAUCCGGAGACGUUUUCUGGAUUCCGACACGUCAGCAAGUCUCCAUUCGCUAGAGUCGGUAGGGACUCGAUGGCUUUUGGGCUAGGAAAACAUGCAUGUCCGGGUAGAUGGUUAGCUAGUAGGAACAUCAAGAUGGCAAUGUCAAUACUUAUUAGAAAGUAUGAGAUUAGCACUCUUGACGGAAAACGCCCGAAGUACCCUAUAAAACGCGGGAUUAGUGUUCUAGGUCCUCUGCCUCUAACUUUUAAGAAGAGGAAGUAG